AUGAUAGCUGUUCAUGGAGGAGUUGCGUUCAAGCAUGCCAACUCGGCUUCUAAAUGGUGCUCUGAUUCGUUGAAAGGAGAUAGUUUUGAUGUGGUUGAUGCUGUGAUGAGUUUGGAAUCUCAUCCUUUUUUUAAUUGUGGAAAGGGCUCAAAUUUUAAUAAAUGUGGUUCAGUUGAAUGUGAGGCUUGCUUUAUGAGUACAGAAAAGAGCAGCUUCGGGGCCGUGGGGUCAUUAUCGAAAAUAGAAUUUCCAUCAAAGUUGGCUAAAAUCUUAGCGACACAUACUGCUAUUCCCGGCCUAGUUAAGCCUCAAGUUUUAGUUGGCCAAGGGGCAGAAGAGUUCGCCAGUGCGAAUGGCAUUGAACUGAUAGAUAAUUCAUUAUUGCGAACGCGUGGGGCAGAAGAAGAAUUCCGAAAAUCUUGUACCAUGUUGACCGAAAAUCGUUAUGAUACGGUCGGUGCUGUUUCUAUUAACAAUUCCACGGCGGAAGCUUGUUCAUCAAGUGGCGGAAUAUUGCUGAAACAUCCAGGUAGACUUGGUCAUACGGCUUCUUAUGGCUCAGCCGUUUGGUGCGAAAAAGCUGAGAAUUUUUUGCUUUCUGUAGCUGUUAGUGGUUGUGGAGAAGCUCUUGUAAGAACAAACUUUUGCAGAUCUGUGUCUUCCGAAAUAAAAAAAAGGAGAGAUGUAAUGAGUCCUGUGCAAAUUAUUUAUGAAUGGUUCAAGGAGAAUUUCACGAACUCUGCGGAAUUAGAAUAUUUCUCUACAGAUCAUUUGUAUGCUGGCGGAGUAUUGCUACUACAGGAAGAAAAUUCGAAGGAGCUGUUGAUGGGCGUAGAAGAAUUCAUAAAAAAUGAAAUUGAAGGAGAAUCUGAAGAGGAAAACCCAAAGUUCAUCUUUGAUAUACCUGAGAGAGAUGAUGAUUUGCUGUUAAAAAAUGACGAGUUUUAUUACGUUAAGAGACUGUUGGAGCCAAACGAGUGUUUUCAACAACUUGAUGCUUUCGAAGUGAAGUUCCACUCCACGUUUGCGAACGACAAAUGGAAACUCUUGAGUGAUUAUUUCCCAGCCUUCUUUGCGUUAGCUAGAAGUUCUUCUCAAUACGAUGGACAGACAUUGGACUACUGGUCGAAACGCUUGAAAGCUAUUGAACUGCUACUUGCUUGUCAUCAAGUCCUGUAUAAAGAUGUCGUGUGCAGCAUAAAACAAUAUUUAGAAACAGAUUUCUCAACAUAUGGAAUCAUUGUGUGUAGAAGGAAUGGAGUUCUCAUGUUGCUAUACUUACUAAACAGAUUAACAUUUCUUCUGGAAACUGAAAACAUUUGUCGGGAGAGAAGCCAGGGUAAAAAAGGAAGAGGAAAAACAGAGUUGGAUCCCGAAAUGACCAAAUGGAUCUUACUAAGAGUCAAAAUUAUUGAAGCUUGUGUGGCAUAUUGUAACAUAUCUGUUUUUGACAGAGAAGGAAAGAAAAGAGAAGGAGCGUUAUGCUACUUCUGGAGGAGUAGGGUGGUGGAUAAAUCUAUCAUAAGAAUGAUGACGGAUAUGAUUCUGAAAUUUUUGGAACAUCCCGAAAACAUCAGAGCUUCUGCCAAACCUUGGCUAACGCAUGUUUUUAAACUUUGUCGAGCAGUGUGUGUGAGAUUCGAUUGUUAUACACGUCUAGCUGCUGCACUUGUUCAAAAAAGCUGUCAGCUAGAAUUUCUUAGAGAGAGCACCACGCAUGUUUUUCCUUUUGUGGAACCAUUGGUUGUUGUUUCUCAAAACAAUGAUAUGGAUGUUGUACUUUCUCAUAUGUUCAAUAUGAUUGGACAAUUCGAUCAGAAAGAAAACAUUCAAAACCUAAGACCAAUUGCUUUGUUCAUUCAAACUGUUGCUGAAAAAGCUCCUAAAGUACUACUGAAACAUUUGAUCACUAUAUCAACAUACUUACGAGACGAUCCGAGCCAGCUCAGAUCUGCUGCAUUAUCAGCUAUUGCAGAUCUGCUCUGUAGUGAUUUGUUCUCGGAACCAUCAUGUCACCAGUCUACAAGAUUAUAUGAAGCUAGAGAUAAACUCUUCGACCGACUUCUGGACCAUUUGCUUGACCAAAAUGCUCCCGUGAGAUGUAAAGCUGUACAUCUAUGGGCAAAAUUGGCUGAGAGAGGGAAAAUCCCAACACAUAUGUUCAAGAAAUGUGUCAUUUCGCGAAUAGGGAAGAGAUUGUUGGACAAAUCGGUUAAUGUUCGUAAAGCAGCCGUUCAUUUUCUAUCAGUUUUCCUAGUACACAAUCCGUUUGGUCAUGAUUUCUCUCUAAAUUUGCAUAUGCGGGAGCUGAUGAAGUUGGUGAAAAAACGGCAGUCUAUGAAAGCGGUAGAUCCAGUUAUGGAAAGAUUGGCUAAUGCCAGUCAAAAGUAUGACGACAUGGAACCAGAAAUAAAAACUCAUCUGGAGUUUUGGCUGAAUCAUUACAUCAAUGAAAACUCUUCCGAUAUCACAGAGGAAGUGGAUGAGAGUUACCCAAUGAACGAAGUGUAUUGCGCUGCUAUGCUCCAAAUCGUGAACAGUCCAAAAGAUUCAAUAAAAGUUUUGUUCGAAUUGAUGAGAAAAAAUUUCUUUAAGACGGUCAAGAUAUGGGAAAACGAAACUAUGGAAGAGAAUGUAGAUCGACUGUUCGCUGAGUUUAGAGAAUCGUACACACGUUUGCUCACCACCGCAGAAAAAGAAGAUAAUGCAAUACAGUUGGAAACAGAAGAGCGACAAGAAGAUUAUGUCAGCAAACUAGAGAGGUUGAAUUCUAGUAUAGAUGGGCUAUCAGAAAAAAUAGUGGUAGAGUUAGAACUUGAAGAAUGUGUUCCGUUGGCCCUCCGUGCGGUUGUGAAUGGUGAUCUAGCAGAGAUGAGGGAAGGAAUUCGUUUUGUUGUUGAAUGCAAAAAUUUCAUGAUCAGCGGUGCGGAUAAGGCUGUACGCAUCCUGUGUUCUUUGAUAUGGAGACAAAAUAACGACGUGAAAAAAGAAGUUAUAGAAGCAGCAUCCAAGAUGUUUUUGAGUAGUAACAAAAAUCCAGAAAUUCAAAAAGUGUCUACAGCCUCGAACUUAUUGAGCGUGGUUCAAGGGAUGGAAGAAGAGGAACGUGGUUGCAUUGAGGAGGUUAUUUCACAUUUAGCUGGUUCUAUUACUCCUGGAGUCUACGAUCAUAUUUGGAGUAUUUUCGAUAAACGUCCAGGUCCUAUCAAACUCGUUGCUAUUCGUCUUCUCGCUAUUUUGGCAAAAUCUGGUCGAACCAUUCUCAGAAAACGCUUCAGAAGUUUCCAAAAAGUUAUUAGAGAUCCUGAUGUAGAGACUAGUGUGAAAGCAGAAGCUCUUCAAGCUAUUGCCAAUCUUGCUUCUGAUCGUUCCGAUGAUAUAAGUGAGCCGUUCCGUAUCACUCAGACUGAUUCUUUGUUCUCUACCUUAGAAACGUUCUUAUACUCCGAACUUCUAUGUGUCAAUACCAAAACGGAGUGGUACAACAUCAUGAGGAAUUGUGUUUAUAUAUAUUUUAAUAUAGCUAAAGAAACAUCAGAAGUUAUAGGAAAAGUAAUGGGGAAGGUUUUAUUAUAUAACAAACGGAUGAGUGAAUGGGUAAUGUAUUACGAGAAUGCGGUCUUGGAAACAAGUGAUCCUGAUACAUUACUCAAACUGGAGAAGAAAAGGAGUUAUUUCACUAGACUGUUCUCCCUUGUCACAGAACGUACUCUCUCCAUGUGUGGGGAGAUUGCUUUCCGUUGUGUUGUUUUCGCCGACAUAAGUUUUUGUAAAGAAGCUCGUCGUUACCCAUCAUUGAUCUCCAAAUAUCAUCAGGGUGAAGUUAAGUCUCAGAAAGCUCAUUGGAGGGCCCUGAAAGAUUUCGAAUUGCGUUGUGCACUUCGUCGAGGUCUUUUCGAUUUCUCUUGCGAAAAAACUGAGGGUUCCGGUACUACUGAUGAAGAAAGAAUACGAAUCAGAAGUGAUAAAAUAUUAGAGCAUAAAGUGUGGAAAAAUGGACGUAUUUUAUCUCGUCUUCUUCCUUUUGUUGUAUAUUGCCUCCGCGCUAACAAGAGUCCCCCUAGUGUGAGGAAUGCAGCAGCUUUGGCAUUCACAAAGUUUAUGCUUGUUAGUCGCGAGUUAAGCGAAAAGGGCGCUGAAGUAUUUUUCUCUCUGUUAACAAACUCUGAAUGGGCUUCUCUUAGAAAUAACCUAAUGAUAGCGUUAGGAGAUCUUUGCUUCAGAGCUCCCAAUAUGGUCGAAAAGUAUGCAACAGAUGUUUAUUCUAUGACAAGUGAUAAAUGCCCGGCUGUUAGAGAAACGGCUCUUUUGGUAUUAUCUCAUUUGACCAAUAACCAGAUGCUCAAAUUGCGGGGAACAGUCGCUGAUGUUGCCAAAUGUUACCUGGAUGAUUCUCCUACUAUUCGAUGCCUCGCUAGAGAAUUCUUCAGCUCUUUGAAUGAAAAAGGUAGUUUCGUCUACAACCUCAUGCCGGAUUUCAUUUCUAAGUUGUCUCGUUGCAAUCGAGAAGUUAACUUGAACGAAUUCAAAGAAAUUAUGGGAGAGCUUCUCGAUUUGGUGAAAGACAAACACGCAGAUCCAUUAAUAGAAAAAGUUUGUCAAAGAUUUGAACUCGCGAAAACAAAUGAAAGAAUGACUCAAAAUAAACACCUGCCUUACUACUUUUCCUUCUGUAUUUCUAAGCUUUCUCUCAGCGACAAAUCACUGUAUAAGAUGAGAGACGCUCUUCCAUGCUUCGCACCAUUCUUGAAAGACAAACUGAUUUACAAUGAUUUCGCAAGUUGUGUGCAACUUCUGGCCAAGAAUACUAAAAGUAUAGAUGUUAAGGUUGAUGCCGAAGAUCUAGAGAAUCAAUUCCGGAGAAUUAACGAAAAAGGUCAACGAGCUUCCGAUUUUGAAAAGAAAGGGAGUCUUCGUUCUAAACCUAAAAGAGCGGCUGUUGCUAUAUCCAAAACACGAGUAAAACCUAAGAGAGCAAGGGUUCGUUUUAGUUCGGAUGACGACGAAUAA